GGAAAGUGUUUACUUCCCUUUUGCCUUCUGAGUUCACUGCUCUCGCCACCAAUCAGGCGCCUCGGCGGAUAUGUCGCUCAUGCGCAGUGGGAGUAGCGGGUUGGCGGGCGGGCUAGUUGUUACGGCGGCUGCUGGAGGGAGGAGGUAACUGAAUCUUGGGAAAGGAGAGCCAUGCCGCGGGAGAUCAUCACCCUGCAGCUGGGCCAGUGCGGCAACCAGAUUGGGUUUGAAUUCUGGAAACAGCUCUGCGCUGAGCAUGGCAUUAGCCCAGAGGGCAUCGUGGAAGAAUUUGCCACUGAAGGCACAGACCGAAAGGACGUCUUUUUCUACCAGGCAGAUGAUGAGCACUACAUCCCAAGGGCUGUGCUGCUGGACCUGGAACCUCGUGUGAUUCACUCCAUCCUCAACUCUCCCUACGCCAAACUUUAUAAUCCUGAGAACAUUUACUUAUCUGAACAUGGUGGAGGAGCUGGAAACAACUGGGCCAGUGGCUUCUCACAGGGGGAAAAGAUUCAUGAAGAUAUCUUUGACAUCAUAGACCGAGAAGCAGAUGGCAGUGACAGCCUAGAGGGCUUUGUCUUAUGUCAUUCUAUUGCUGGGGGAACAGGCUCUGGUCUGGGGUCUUACCUUCUAGAGCGUCUAAAUGACAGAUAUCCCAAGAAGCUGGUACAGACAUAUUCAGUAUUUCCCAAUCAAGAUGAGAUGAGUGAUGUUGUUGUACAGCCAUACAACUCACUGCUUACCCUCAAGCGGCUGACGCAGAAUGCAGAUUGUGUGGUGGUACUGGACAACACAGCCCUGAAUCGAAUUGCCACAGACCGACUGCACAUCCAGAACCCAUCCUUUUCCCAGAUCAACCAGUUGGUGUCCACCAUCAUGUCGGCCAGCACCACAACCCUGCGCUACCCUGGCUACAUGAACAAUGAUCUCAUUGGCCUCAUCGCCUCCCUCAUCCCCACACCCAGGCUCCACUUCCUCAUGACUGGCUAUACUCCCCUCACCACUGACCAGUCGGUGGCCAGUGUAAGGAAGACAACAGUGCUGGACGUGAUGCGUCGGCUGCUGCAGCCCAAGAACGUGAUGGUGUCCACAGGCCGGGAUCGCCAGACCAACCAUUGCUACAUUGCCAUCCUCAACAUUAUCCAGGGAGAGGUAGACCCCACCCAGGUCCACAAGAGCCUGCAAAGGAUCCGGGAACGAAAGUUGGCCAAUUUCAUCCCCUGGGGCCCUGCAAGCAUCCAAGUGGCACUGUCUCGGAAGUCGCCCUAUCUGCCAUCUGCCCAUCGAGUCAGUGGACUCAUGAUGGCCAACCACACCAGUAUCUCCUCUCUGUUUGAGAGAACAUGCCGCCAGUACGAUAAACUACGGAAGCGAGAGGCCUUCCUGGAGCAGUUCCGCAAGGAGGACAUCUUUAAGGACAACUUUGAUGAGCUGGACACAUCGAGGGAGAUUGUGCAGCAGCUCAUCGAUGAGUAUCACGCUGCCACCAGACCUGACUACAUCUCCUGGGGUACCCAGGAACAAUGACCUGAUUACUUCAAGGACAGUGGCCUUUAUUUACCUGCUGUGCCUCUGUGAUAGCCUACCUGGUCAUCUUUCUUCCCCAAGGGCUCUGAGGAUGAAGCAUAGGAGAGGCAUCCCUGAUUUCAUUCAUUCACUCACUCUAGUGUAGAUGUAUGUACACAAACGUGUGUACACACACACACAGCAAUAGCCCUUGCUCAGGCUUACUUAAUUAUCCCUUUGAUGAGACUUUAUCUUUAAUAAAGCACUGGAUGUAAAAGUA